UUCCAACAUAAGAGAAUAAGUAUUUGUCGUUCCAUUACUUGGCAUCUCUGCACAAUGCGCUAUGCUGGAAAUGAUAAUUGGCAGAUAAAGAGUGGGGUCACAGACCAGAAACGACAUCAGUAAAAGUUUAUUCACCGUUUGUGCAGUGAAAAACAUCUGUGACAAAUGGAAUUUCUGGCUUGUGGAAUUUUGCUCCACUUUUUCUGAAGGGCUAGGUGAAGUAGACAAACAUUUUAGGGAACUGGAUCAUGUUGUCAGACACUUUCACCCAAAGCAUCCUGCAAAUGUUGGAUGGGUGACAUAUCUGGAGAAUUCAUAGUAGGGCUAGAAUAUUUACUCCACCGAAGAACAUGGUGGAGCUAUGUGAUGAUCGGUGUAUGUUUUUCUUUCUGUGAAUCCGUCUGUGUGCAACAUUACACAAAAACGUACUUACGCAUUUGGAUGAAAUUUUCAGGGAAGGUCAGAAAUGACACAAGGACCAAGUAAUUAGAUUUCAACAGUGAUGUGGCUUAUUGUCUGGAUCCACGGAUUUGUUAAGGACUUCCCGUUGCGAGAUAGCGGCACGGCGAUACUGUAACUAUGACAACAAAUGAACGCUACGUCAGCCGCCUGGCGAUGAUCACAUGAUUGUGAUCCUGCUACAAACUGACCGCUGCCGACUUAUCAGGACUUAUCCAUCGGAAAUCAUACAAGGAACAAUUGAUUAAGUUAUAUGGGUGUUUGCGAGUCCCAUCAAUUCCCACCACCCACUACAUAUUGAGGUCAUGUGAUUCGGUAUCUGUACAUAAUGUACACAUGCAUAACACACGCCUGUGCUUAGUGCAAGGUCAUUUUUUCAUUAAAGAUUUCAUCCAGCGGAAAUGAUCCAAAGACUGAGCAGUCUUGGCAGAGUACUGCGCUCUCUGACUGCUUUUCUUGUUUUUUGCUGUGAGGAGGACAGUCAGUGCAUAUUCUGGAGACAUGAGGACGCUUCAAUUGAAGUUGGAGAAUGCACAAAACAACCAUAGAUGUGAGGAUUUCAUCUCGAUCUUGUUGGAUGUUGAUGUGCAGACUUUGUCCAUGGCAUAGCCCUGCUUGACUUCUCCGUACGAUGUUGACAUCUGCAUACCGAGUCCCCAACUUCUGCCAUCUGUUCUUGCACAGCAGAAAAACAGAUUCAUCAGUGAAAAUAACCAUCCUCCCCCUUGCUCGUGUCUACUGAAUUUGAGUUGUUGCCAACUGGAGUCGUUUUUAACGCCGUUCUGCAGUAAGAUCAAGGCCUCACUGUAGGCGAUGAGAUUGCAAAUGAGUUUUCUAACAGUUUGAGCAGAUAUUGUGUGGCUGUGCACACCAACAACUUACAAUUCUGCAAAUUCAGUUAGCAGCACAAGCAAGGCUCUAGUCAGGAGAAAAUAACCUGGAUAAGUGCUAUAAACAAGAUCAAGGGAGCACAGAUAGCUCAGCUGGCUGAGCAGUCGACCCAUAAACAGGCUAUAAUCCACGACGUAGCAGUCAUGGUUUAAAUCCAGCCCAUUUACUGCAUAUCAUUCCCCCAGUCUUCUACGUAUGUUUCCUGUCUCACUUUCCACUGUCCUAUAUAGAAUAAAGGCAAAAAGGAAAAAAAUCUUCAACUUUAAAACAAGUUCAAGUGUGGAAAUAGGACCAUGGUGCCUACAGGCAGUGCAGAUGUGAUAGGACUUUUCUUUUUUUGCAGUCUGUCAAGUGCAAACGUGUUCAGUGAAGAGCUGGCUUUUUAGUCUUUUCCUUAAGACUGAGAGAGAUUCUGCAGAUGGAACAGAGUUUGGUAACUUGUUCCACUAUCGGGGAACCACAGAGAAGAGUCUAGUUAUGGACUGGCCCUGUUUUGAUGAUUGUAUUUGGAGCCUUUAGUUGGCCAAGCAUAGUGAGCAGUAGGGAGUGUAGACCUGGAUGAGAGAGUUCAGGGAGGAGGAAUCUGUUUCCAUUGUAAGUUUUGUAGUUGAUGUGGACAGAAACUGGAAGCCAGUGAAGCGAUCUGAACAGCAGGGGACGUGCUGUUUUAGGCUGGUUGAAAACCAAACGUAUCUCAUCAGCAGUCAGAAAAACUGAUGCAAUUUCGACAACAGGUGGAGUUGUGGACGUUCAAGUGUCUGACUACAGCCUUAACUGACACCAACAUCCAACUGGGCUUCCUCUUGUCUACUGUGGCAUCGUUUUAUUUGAAUAAAGCUACCUUUUAGAGUGAACGUUAUUAGUCACUGGUUAAAAAAGUGUCUAUGAACUCAUCACACUACCGGAUCAUUCCCCUUUAAAGCCACAAGGUUUUGCAUAAACUCAGUGCUUAAAAUGUGUCAUCAGCUGAACAGCUCUACCCUUUUUUUUUCUGCACAUUUGGCUAAAUAUAACAUUUUUCUAACCAGAACAAGAAUUGAGCCUUUUCUUUAAGUCAAAAAAAGACUCAUGUUUGGUUCAGUGUAGAUGCCAUCUUUACAAAGUUGACUUCUUAGUCGUUUUGUUUAAUCCGUUAAGUGACAUCAGAGCGUUUGAACCAGCAGCUCUGCGUUAUUUUCUAUUAAAAAGCCGGUGAGUCACCAGGAGGAGGGAGCUCCAGCUAAACGACAUGUGGACAUGGUGCAACUUAGUUUGGUCAAAGGGAGGCUGGUCUUCUGUCAGCUGUUGCUCCUCCACUGCAAAAAAUAUCCACAUCAACAAAUCAUUUAGUCUUAAUUUAAGGUCGUACAGGUCAUUUAAAACUAAUAAACAGCUCAAAGAUUUGUUUAGGUGAGAACACGCCGCUGUUUUCUGAAAGUCUUCCAGUGUUCAUGACUUUUACAUUAGUGCUGGAAUGUACUUUUUGCAGUGUGGCAGCUCUCCAGAGCCUCCCAGCACUUUCCCGACACUUGUUCUGUGCAGACUCAUCGUCUGAGGAAGACCAGGCCGGUAUAAAACCCGCAGCCAGAAGAAAUGAGAUCAGUUCACUUUGAGGUUUAAGAAACUUACGGUUCACUUCUGAGGUUAUCUUUGGAUCAGCAGGUGAUUUGUUGCGUAACAGUGAUGUGCGUAAUCCAAAAGAGAUAAAGUUUUACCACGCAGAGAGUUAAGUACUGCUGUUUUUUUAAGAGAAAGGGGCUAUUUUUUGCUUAAGUAACCGAACUUUUCCUAGCUUUUGGACAUGGCAGAGGGAGACUUUUACACGAUGGGAAGCCGGCAGAGAUUUCCCAGAGACCCGUUUGGAGAAUUCCGGGAUCAGUCGCCUUUCAGGGAUCAGCUCGCGUCUCGGUUUAUGGAAGAUGAGUUUGGGAUGCCGCCUUUCCCCGACGAUCUGGCGAUGGACUGGCCGGGCUGGGCUCGGCCGGGUCGGCUCAGUACGCGCCUCAGCACGUCGCCCUUCAGCAGCACUUUACGCACAGGUUUCCCCCCGCGCCAGUCCACCGGAGGCCCCGCGCUGUACACCAGCAGGUACGGCGAGCCCUCCUCCCGCAGCUCCCCCACCACCACGGCCUCCUCCACCGGCGGGGAGCCCUGGAAGGUCUGCGUGAACGUUCACAGCUUCAAACCAGAGGAGCUGAACGUAAAGACGAGAGAUGGAUUUGUAGAAGUGUCAGGAAAACACGAAGAGAAACAAGAAGAAGGAGGCAUAGUGACAAAGAAUUUCACAAAGAAGAUACAGAUCCCCAUAGACGUGGACCCUCUGACGGUUUUCGCCUCUUUGUCCCCGGAGGGCGUCCUCAUCAUCGAAGCUCGCCAGACGCCUCCAUAUUACCUGUUCAGCAGCGACAGCUCUCCGGGUGGAGAAAUGCAGGAAGUGGAGGCUCCCAAACCCCCGGAGGCCCCGAUGGUCUAAACUUCGUGAAUAACAUCCCACUCAAGCAAUUACGAGUUUGAUAUUAAACCUUCAGCUUCAUGUUGUUAGACACCUGGAAUCAAAAUGUAUGAAAUGUACUGAGUCCUGUUUCAAAUUAAAGCUGCACCAGGCAGUUUUUUUUUUUUUUUUUUUUUAAUGUUGAAAAUAUGCAGCAAGGUUUGAACCUGCUGGUCAGUGUGGGGGUUUCUGUGUGCAGCUUUUAUGUUCUCCAUGUGUUUGCGUCGGUUUUCCUCUCGUGCAUUUUAGGUUAAUUGGUGAUUCUAAAUUGGCUGUAGGUGUGAAUGUGAGCGUGCAUGGUGGCCCUCGGAUGAACUGCCGACUUAUACCCUCCAUCAGCUGUGACGGGCUCCAGCCCCCCACGGCCCUCUGCAGGAUGAAGCAGGUACAGCUAACUGCUGAUCAUUUUUUACAAGCUGCAACAAUGAAGAGCCUCAAUAACAGCAACACUGAAGAUUGUUCCCAAGUUUGCCUUAAUGAAGUUGUGGUUCACGCCAAACAAUCAGUAUAAUUAUUAAUUCGUCUUCAUCAUCUUCUUCUUCUUCUUCACAUUUUUUCUCUCACUUUUAUCUGUUUCCCAAAUCCCAUAGUGACAUCUUCAAUUGUUUUUUAUUUCUAUUGUAAUUGAAGACUAACAACAGGGGCAAAUAUUCUCCUUUUUUGUGGUAUUCAUGCUCAAAUUAAGGAUUAAUCGACUUUCCAAGUAGCUCCUGAUUUACUUUCUGAUUUUUUUUUUUCAGUUGUUUUUCUCUUAAAUUUCAGUACAAAUAAUGAAAAAGCAGUGCUUGUACUUUUUAUGUUUCUCAUCCCUAAAGUGCCUUUUAUAACCAAAAACCAAAUAAAAGUACAGAUCGGCUAAUUUGACUGUUCUGUUGAAAUUUGUCUAUUUUCAUGAUGAACAAUUUUUUAAAAGCCAAAGAGUGGCGACACUUUAUUUUAAUUCCUGUAUUUUGUGCACAAUUACUUAACAAAUGGUUUGAACACACCAUAAUGACGCUGGAAGCCAACAUAAUGACAGAUUUCUAAGAGUUUAUUAUGUCUUUCAUGCAACUCCACAUGUAGAUUGUAUCCAAAGCUGGUUUCUAUGUGACCCCAGUUAUGAAUAACCAAUAAACACGUCCAAGGACAUUCUGUCUGACUACCACGAAUGUUAUGUGAGUUUGGUUCAGUCUAAUUUAAACUCCAUCACAUAGUCAGUUACAUAACAAAGCUUUAAUAACAUCCAGUGGAUUGAUAUAUGAUCACACAAAACAAAGCAGAUGUAUCAUUAUAAAACUACUGUAUGUGAAAUUAUAUUAUGAAAUUUAGUAAACAGUUUGUAACAUCUUCUUCUUUUGAGGGGUUUUAGUCAUUGUUUGGUGCCUAUAUUAAUUAUCACUGGCCUUAAAUAUGCUUGCAUUAUGGUGUGUUCUAAACAAUUUACUGAUUAUAUACUGUUUGAAUAUGCAAAAUAAAUUAGAUGUUUAAAAACCAGGGGCUACGUUACAAGUCCUAGCACUGUCAAUAACCAAAAUAUUAUUAUAUAUAAACCUCUAAAGAAUCCAAUUUUUUAAUUCAUGUUAUUGUGAGGUGCAUUUAAUGGAAGAGUAUUGCUAUCUUCUGUGGUUAUAGAAGCAACAAAUGUGCUUUUAUUUAUUAGAGUGCAUCGACUUCUUUCAGGUGUUUAUCUUCUUAGUUGCUAAAUGUCACUUAAAGUAACAUUAUACGUGGGUACACCCCCUCGGGACGCAUUUGAGGGUGAAACGUGUGCAUUAAUACUGUAUUCUUCCAAAGUGUAUUGUAAAUAUGCAUUAAUACGUGUCAAUUCAUUAUAAAUAUUAAUCUGAAGUGUUUCACCUUUUGCAAUAUGGUUUGCAUUCUUCUUUUCUAUCUGAGCGUCUGAGGAAGGUGGCUGCAUGAUGGUCGGACCGACUUGUUUUUUGCCAAAGAUGUUUGUUUCCUGCCUCCUUUCUUCUCUUGAUGUCUUUGUAUUGACUGAUGCAAUAAAAAUGUCCAGCCAAUCUCCCA